GCCUGCCCGCCUCCUCCCCUCGCUCGCCUUCGCUCACACACCAUGGAGUUUACGGAGAGGAAGAGAAGCAGGAAAUCCCAAAGCUUUAAACUGAUAAAUCAGGAUUAUCACCAUGAGGCAUACAAGAUCCCUGACUAUAGUAAUGAUGUUAAUGGGGAGGCCAAAGAAGCGCAACAAUUUUAUUUAGGAGAUGAAAGCCGGGAAAUUAAAAAACAAAUUACAGGGAUGAGAAGAUUACUGAAUGACAGCACUGGAAGAAUAUAUCAGAGAGUUGGCAAAGAAGGAGAAAAACUGAAGGAAGAACCCCAGGACUUAGAUUUGGCCUGGGCUCAGCGUCUGAAUCCCCCUGCAGAAACCCAGGCAAACCUCCAUCCAACUCAGAGUGGUACUUGGAAUGAAUUAUCCCCCCAGAUAAGCCACUAUUCAGGGCAAUAUGGAACUCGGUCCAAAACCUUCCAAAAUCAAGCAAGAACCGUAGGUGCAAAUGGAGAAAUUCCGGUGGCUAAUACUUCCUCUGGCUCAAAUUGUUGUACUUGUAAUUGCCAGCCAGCAUUGCAAGCCAUUCUUCAGGAGCUUAAAACCAUGAGAAAGAUAAUGCAGAUCCAAGCAGUUGCUGCUCAGAACAGACAACCGCCCCCAGUUCCUCUGGUUUGCACACAGAAAUCAACACUUUCAAGAAAGAGAAAUAAAAAGAAAAAAAUACCUCCAAAGACUAUUGAACCUCUUACUGUGAAUAAAAAGCCCAGCACUGCAGAGAAUGAAAAAAAGCUAUCAGCAAACUCUGAAAGUUCUAGUGUGGAAGCUGCUGAAUCAUCCUCAAAGUUGGAGUCACAGGUUUCAGGAUUUGGCAUUGUCCUCGAAUCUUCAUCUUCAGAUCCAGAAGUGCAACUUGCUGAAGGCUUUGACGUCUUUAUGCCGAAAUCACAACUGGACUCUAUAUUAGCAAAUUACACUCGUUCAGGAAGUCUGCUGUUUCGAAAGCUGGUGUGUGCAUUUUUUGAUGACAAGACCUUGGCCAACUCUUUACCCAAUGGCAAGAGGAAAAGAGGUCUCAAUGACAACCGAAAAGGACUAGACCAAAAUAUUGUGGGUGCAAUAAAAGUGUUCACAGAAAAAUACUGCACUGCAAACCAUGUGGAUAAACUACCUGGCCCAAGAGACUGGGUACAGAUUCUUCAGGAUCAAAUCAAACUGGCAAGAAGACGGUUAAAAAGAGGCUCAGUAGAGACAACCGACUGUGAUGAGAAACUGGACCUUUCUCUACUACAAACAGGUAACCUCUUUGAAACCACACAUUCAGCACCAGUGUUUCACUAGCAGAUCCAGACGUCUUUACUUUUGAGCAGGACACCAGCGCUAUUUUCAGACUACUUCAAUAUCUGCGUUCUCUAUCAUGGCCUCAAUCUUAAGUUUGUUCAUGCUUUUGUAACAUAGGGUAACAAAGCCACAAAAUUACUUGUUUCUUAUUUUAAUCAGAAUAGACUUGUUCAGCAAGGAUAUAGUGCAAUUAAUCUGAUAACCACUGAAAUAGAACAAAUUUUGUCUUUAUGAUUGCAUUUCCCCACAUAAGUAUAUGCAUGCUGACUGGCUGUUUGUUCCAUCUUUGAUUAAACAUCGAAACAUUAACAAAGUUAAGAGCCUCCCUUAGAAAGGUGUUCUGAAGGACCCCAUUUCAUAUUGGAUUCUUGUGCAGAAAUCAAAGGACCAAAAAACUUCAAAGUUAAUAAAUCAUUAGUCAUCUGUUCUGAAGACCCUUUCUCCCUCCCUCCCUCCCUCCCUCUCUCUCUCUCUCUCUCUCUCUCUCUCUCUCUCUCUCUCUCUCUCCCUCUCCUUAGCCUUUGAUUUUCCUUCUUGGGUAAAGAUGGUAAAUUGCCAAGUAUUCUUCUCUGAAUAAGUUGCAAUAUGGUAUUUGACAAUAAGAGUCCCAAUAAUUGAUGCUAAUAUUGAUGCUGGUGUUUUGUCCAGAACAAGUAUUGGUGAACGUGGAACGAACUGUUCUUAAUAUUGAGAUUACUCAGACAUUUUAUUUUUCAGACCAUUUGGUGUAACAACCCCCCUCAUCUCUCUCUCUCUCUCUCCCUGGCUUUUGAGUGCCAGCACCAUCUUGUAGUUCCCAAAAAGUUAUUUCAAUAAUUAUCGCUGCCAAUAGCCUCCCCAACACUCUUAUACAUGGCUUUUCUGUCAUAUUUACAUGAGAUGUAGGGGAAAUACCAUUACAUUUGGGGUGUGUUGAUUUUCACAAAUGCUUAUGCCUUUCCUCAUGCCUCUUCAAGGAUCUGUCCAGCAGUGGGGGAAAUGAGUGAUAAGGACGUGCAUAUAGGAACAUGUAUCCUGGUUUCCUUUGUUCAACUCAAAGGAGCAUAGUAUCACACCUUCCUCCUGACCACGAGGAGUUCACACAUUUCCCCAACUAAGGAUAAUUCUGUCGUGAGUGGAUUGGGUGUAUGUAAUCUUCUUGCACUUACUCUAUGGAAACUAGGUGUUCCAUAGUUACCCAUAGGCUUGAUUUCCAUAAAUCUUCAUCCCUUCAGUGAGAGGAAAUGAUAGCUCAUAUUGGGUCUCCACAUCUUCAGGCCUAUUUGUGAAGUGAAAAUGCUCACACAAUUACUUAUAUGUAAAGAGCAUACCCAUUCACUUCCUCCUCAUCCGGCAGGUGUGUGAAUCUGCCAAAAAAAAUCGAUUCCCAGUUUUCUCCCUGUGAAUAUUGUAGGCCAAGGAUGAAGGAAAUUGGCCCAGAAUCUGCAAAUUACCGCCCCCCUUAAUUUCCACGAAAGAUUUGUUAUUUGAAAUUUCAGAUAGAUGACCAAACAUCCUCUGGGUCAAGCUCCACACACUCCAUUGUAAUCAGAUAUAUUAAUAUUUGUUAUCCCCUGGAUCAUGGGUGGUGCUGGGAAAGAGAGGCCAGUGUACAAAAUCUGAACCCUAAAUUAUAUUAAUAUAUAUAUAUAAUCCCACCUUAUCACUUGCCAGUUAACUAAUAUUUAUAUUAAAUUCCUUCCAAAACGUAUAUAUUUAUCACCAUUGUGUACUGAUCUCAUUCCUCAGAGUUAAAACUAAUGGAAGUGUUCUGCCCGCAUCAAAUAUUUUUGGCUUAUUUUAUAUUUCUGCUUUUGAAAGGAAACUUUGACAUGGGUGUUCAUAAAUUUAUACACUGGUCUUUAAGGUUAUUAACCACAAAAGCCCACAAAUAAUAUCUGAAGUUAUGGUUUAUGUAUUCUUGUUACCUUUUGAAGAAUCAGGCUUCUGUCCUAGUCUGUGUGUGAAAAGGUACUAGGUCAUACUUCCAAUGAAGGAUUAAUGAAUGUUAUAUAAUGAAAAUUUCAUAGUCAUCUUAAGCACACCAGAAGACACUGCUGUAGAUAUUUAUACAGAAUCUUUUGUGUUUGUUCAACUCAGGCUGAAUAACUACUUCUACUGCAGUUUAACACUUUUAUGGAAUUUUACACAUAAUGUGUAAUCAUUAUUACACAUAUAAUUAUUGAAAUGUGGCUGUGUUCUCUUGAUGACAAGAUAAACCUGACUUGCACUGCAGUCUUUAAAAAGUACAUUUUCUCCUUAGAGAUGGAAAGGAUUUAGAGACUGUUCCCUCUUGAACAGAACUACUCAGUCUCCCCAGUAAAUCUACAAAGAAGUCAUACAUAUAGUAACAGUUAACCAACAAUCAGCAUUCUUUUAAUACAUCUUAAAAAUAAUAGUAUUCUUGUCUACUUACUGUGACUACUGUUCAGAUUUUUUUCAGAAGUCUUUUUAUAGGUUUUAUUAGGAAAUCAUUCCAUAUUUAGGUAAAAAAAAAGUAUCUCAAUCUUAUGUAUAUAAGUUUUAUUAAUAUGUACAUAUUUAGCUAUUUUUUAAAAUUACUAUGUUCUUAAUAAAACCAACAAGGGACUAGUUGUGAAUUGGUGCAUAAGAUUGUGUUGUGUUAUCAAUCUCUGGGAAUCUGUCAAGUUCAGAAAAAAACACACAAUAAAUUACUCUAAUUCAACAAGU